AUGUUGUCAGUCCGCAAUAUUUCGAGAUUUAUCCAGAUUGGUAAUAAUGCUGGCCCCAAUGGAAAAUACUUGGCUGUGAUACAGGCUCUCUGCAGCAGGAAGUACUCUGCCAGUGCUGAAAAUGAUUUAGUGGUCAUUGGUGGUGGCCCUGGGGGUUAUGUUGCUGCUAUUAAAGCUGCCCAACUUGGUCUCAAGACAGUAAAUGUUGAAAAAUAUGAAACAUUAGGUGGCACAUGUCUCAAUGUUGGCUGCAUCCCAUCAAAAGCUCUUCUCCAAAGUUCUCAUCUCUACCAUCAAGCUACGUCGAAAGACUUCAGCAGUCGUGGUAUAGAAUGUACAGGUGUCAACUUGAAUUUGUCAAGUAUGAUGAAUCAAAAAUCAAAUGUUGUCAAAGCUCUCACAGGUGGCAUUGCCCAUCUUUUUAAACAAAAUAAGGUAACUCGUGUUAAGGGAUCUGGUGAAAUUACUGGACCCAAUGAAGUGACUGUCACAAAAGAUGAUGGUUCAAAGGAGAUCAUCACUACCAAAAAUAUUCUCAUAGCCACAGGCUCAGAAGUUACCCCAUUCCCAGGCAUUGAUGUCAAUAAAAAAAACAUUGUCAAUUCUACCCACGCACUGAAUUUGACUGAAGUUCCCAAAGAAAUGGUCAUUAUUGGAGCUGGUGUUAUUGGAGUGGAAUUGGGUUCAGUAUGGAGCCGUUUGGGAAGCAAUGUCACCAUGGUGGAGUUUUUGGGAAAUAUUGGCGGUAUGGGUAUUGAUAUGGAAAUGGCCAAAACCAUGCAACGGAUUUUACAAAAACAAGGUCUCAAAUUCAAGCUUAAUACAAAGGUGACAAAUGCUGUCGAGAAUGCUGAUGGGACAGUGACAGUUUCUGUUGAGGCAGCCAAAGGGGGUAAAGCUGAACAAAUGAAUUGUAAUGUCCUUUUAGUAUGCAUUGGUCGUCGCCCUUACACCAAGAAUUUGGGAUUAGAAGCAAUGAACAUUCAACUUGACAACAGAGGUCGUAUCCCAGUCAACAGCCGAUUCCAAACUUCUGUACCAAACAUUUAUGCAAUUGGUGAUGUAAUCCAGGGUCCCAUGUUGGCACACAAAGCAGAAGAUGAAGGUAUUUUAUGCGUGGAAGGCAUUUGUGGAGGUGCUGUACAUAUCGAUUACAACUGCGUACCUUCAGUUGUUUACACUCAUCCAGAAGUUGCCUGGAUUGGUAAAACAGAAGAAGCGCUCAAAGAAGAGGGAGUUUCAUACAACGUUGGUAGAUUCCCACUGAUGGCCAACAGCCGAGCAAAAGCUAACAAUGAAACAGAUGGGUUAGUGAAGAUUCUUGGGCACAAGGAAACAGAUCGUUUGUUAGGAGCACAUAUCAUUGGCUCAUGUGCAGGAGAACUGAUCAAUGAAGCCGCUUUAGCAAUGGAAUAUGGAGCAUCUUGUGAAGACAUUGCCAGAGUAUGCCAUGCCCAUCCAACUGUCGCUGAAGCAUUCAGAGAAGCCAACAUAGCUGCUUCUUAUGGCAAACCAAUCAACUUUUGA